AUGUCGACGCCCGCUGUCGACGACAAACGUCCCAAGGGCCCCGAGCCCCAGCACGCUCCCGUGCAGAACGCCGCAACCGAGGACAUGUUCGAGCCGACUGAGAAACCCAACUACGUCGCGUCCGACGACGAGAGCCCCAAGGCCAUUGGCGUUGGCAGGGUCGAGGCAUUCAAUAAGGUUCUCUACCAUUCCGGCAAAAAGGGCAAAGUUUUGCUCUGGCUGCUUGGUGCUUCCGUCGGCCUCACCAUGUUCGCCUACGCCCUGGACAUGGGCAUUACGACCACGAUCUUCGGCACGUUAGCGGCGUCAACAUUCAAAGUCCACAGCCAACUCGGUACCGUCAACACCGCCAGCCAGAUUAUUCGUGCUAUCAGCAAACCUUUUAUCGGAAAGUUAGCAGAUAUCACGUCGCGACCUACAACAUAUGUCGUGAUCCUUGCUUUCUACGCCGUAGGUUUUGUUGUUGCGGCGAGCGCACAUACCUUCACAUCUUAUACGAUCGGUAUUUGCUUCACAUCCGUCGGCAAGUCGGGCCUGGAUCUUCUAAGUGACAUUAUUGUCGCCGACUUGACCCCUCUAGAAUGGCGUGGCUUCUUCAGCGCUUGCCUAUCUCUACCCUUCAUUGUGACGGUUCCCGUUAAUGGGUUUAUUGCUGAGGGAUUUUACGACGACUGGAGAUGGGGUCUGGGAAUGUUUGCGAUUCUCGUACCAGUUCUUCUGGUCCCCGCUAUCAUGACCCUCUACGCCAUGCAACGCCGCGGGGAGAAGGCAGGUAUGGUCACCAUGGCCGACUCCAAGAAUGUUCGCACCGGCACUUCCGAAGCGACGCCCAAGAAUUUGGUGUACUGGGCCAAGCUUGCGUAUCGCGGCCUGGUUGAUAUCGAUAUCAUCGGCCUUAUCCUCCUCGGCUUUGCCUUUUCCCUCAUUCUCUUGCCAAUUACCCUGGCCAAGAGCGCUGAUGGCGGAUGGAAGAACCCUAGUAUGAUCGCCAUGAUCGUCAUAGGUUUCGUUAUCCUCGUCGGCUUCGUCUUCUUCGAAGUAUUCGUGGCUCCUAAGCCCUUGAUGACGAAGCGUAUUCUAAAGAAUCGCGCCUUUAUUGCGGGUGUGAUUAUUCAUACUUUCAACCAGAUGGCUUCAUCCGUUCGCAACACCUACUUUUCGUCAUACAUCCUCAUCAUCAAAGAUUGGACUACCUAUCAAUGGACUAUCUUCCUUGGUAUAACCACUAUGGGCCUGUGUCUGGUUGGACCUGUCGUCGGUCUGGUUCACCGUAUCUCCCAUCGCUACAAAAGUCUCAUGAUUUUCGGAGCUGCUGCCAAAAUCCUUGGCUAUGGUCUCCUGAUCCAACCGAGCGGGAAAAUGACUCAAGAUACAGCUCGCCUCGUGGCUGCACAGCUCAUCUUUUGUCUUUCCUCCCUCAAUGUGGUCGGUGCCCGCGUCGGUGUCCAAGCCUCCGUUCCCCACGACGAUGUGGCCUCGCUUAUUUCCAUCAUAACCCUGUGGUCUACCUUGGGAUCCAGCAUUGGCAGCGCCGUUGCGACAAGCAUCUGGACGGAGCAGAUGGUUGACCAGAUGCACAAGGAGAUGCCCGGCGUUUCGAGCAGCGUGAUUACCAAGAUAUACGGCAACAUCAAGACGCUCAAGAAAUACAGCUUCAGCGACCCCAUUCGUCAGGGUGGCGUACGCGCCUACGCUAUUGUGAACGGGCACAUCACCAUCGCCUCCAUCUGCCUGUCUUGUAUCCCUCUCAUUGCCUCUUUCUUCAUGCCCAACUUCUAUCUCGGCAAGCAGCAAAAUGCCGUCAACAAUAAGGGCCUCGAUGGCGAGGUCGUUGACGUCCCGAACCAGCGCACAGCGAACGAAGCAGUCACUACUGAGCCAGAGCGCGCAACAUUCUGGCAGAAAGUGCUGGCUUUGUAUCGCAAGUAG